AUGACUUUCUUCAAGUACCUCAUCAAUAUGUGGUUAAUCUAAGUUUGUUUAGGUUUUCGAUCCUUUGCAGCUCAAUUUAACAAAGCAAUAUUUUAGAAGUAAUGCCCUCCUUCGUUGUAAUACUUUCCAGGCAUCUACCCUCAUCUCUGUGCAGGUUAAUUUAUUUAUCCUAAGUUAGGUAUUGGAAAAGUAUGCGUCGGAACAACUGAAUUAAUUGUAAAGGUUUCUUCCAAUGGGCGUGAAACACUGUGUAAUCCUUAGGUCUAAAGUUAUGAAUUUGGGCCGAAUACUAAUUCACAUUUAUUUUUUGGAAAAUAUCCAUAUACUUUGAUUUAUUCAUAUGACCAAGAUGGAAACGUCGUUUUUUCAACUGAAUCUAUACCAUCAUUGUCUAAUCAUGGUUGCUUAAUUGGAUAAAAAUAUUAGGAUAUCUAUAAAUGCUAAUAUUGCAGUUGGUCAGGAUAUGGCGAAAAUUGUUCAUAAUCUUUUGCAGUUCCAAGUAUAAAUUUUAUUAAUUCUAAAGAAUGUGGUUCAAAUUGUAAAACAUGUGAUCCUACUAAUUCAUUUUGCGAUAGUUGCGAUGAUGGUCAGUCCCCAUCAAGUAACACUGACUAGAAAUGCANUUAUUACAUUUAAGUACGAAACUUAUUUAUGUUAUUUAAAUAAAUUUAGAGGAUUUUUCAAAUUUUUAUAAAAAACAUAGAAAGUAAUUUUAAUUUCGAGUAGGAAUUACAAAAUUUUCUUAAAAAUAAUUUUAAAAUAAAAUAAUGUUAUUCUUAUAUUAGAAGCAUUUUCAAUUUUUUUAAGUAAUCUGUUAGUUUUACCUCCAUUACUUAUUCUGGAAAUUAUUACUUUGUUCCAUUUCUAGAAUGCUCAGAAAGCUGUUAAUUUAAUUUUGUUAUAAACUUGAAAUUCUGUUUUGAGUGA